CAGGCACAGCCUUUCUCAUGGUAAUCAGCCCCCAGCAUCACCUCCCGGCCGCGGCUGCGCCCGCUCGGAGCGCCGCUCGCGGACCCCGGGGACCGGAAACAGGGCGGCGGGCGGGGAGCAGGCGAGCGAGCCAGGCUCAACUCCGAAUGGAUUGGAUUGCGAGUCUGCACGUGAGAAAACCGUUUGGCUUGGCUUGGACCCCUGCCGCCCCCACCCCCUCCACACACACCCAAUCCAGGGGUACCCUUUAUCACCCUUUGCUUGCAACUCCAAAAGAAGUUGCCCACCUCCUGAGUCACAACACAAGGUCGAAUAAUUCCUCUAGAUGAAAGAUCAGUUCCAUUUCAAAACGAGAAUAGGUUCCUUUUUUUAUUUUCUCCACAUGGUACAAAAUAAACAGAAUUUGCUUAAAAAAAAAA